AUGGUCCUGAUCCUGAACGAGAAGACCAGGAAGGAGCGACUGUUACUAAGACUGAGAGAAGGCAUGACAGUUGGUGAUGGUCAUGAUGGUCAUUAUGGUGGUGAUGAUGAUGAUGUUGAGGAUGUUGAUGAUGAUGGUGAUGAUGGUGAUGAUGAUGGUGAUGAUGAUGAUAAUGAUGGUGGUGAAGAUGAUGGUGAUGAUUAUGAUGAUGAUGAUGAUGAUGAUGAUGAUGGGUCGGCGAAUACCUCACGCCCGGUGCGUGAUGAUGAUAACUAUGCUGAUGAUGAUGAUGGUGGUGAUGAUGAUGGUGAUGAUGAUGAGGUGAUGAUGAUGAUGAUGAUGAUGAUGAACCAAAGGAUAAGAGUUCUAUUGGUGGGUGAUCCCAUUUCACAUUGUUGCCCUUACAAAUCCGAUGUCCCAAAGAACGCCAUUGUUGUCAGUGGUUGUGUGGUCAAUUGCAAGGUUUGCGGUUGCCGCUUUAGAGGCUCAUGUUGUGCCAAUUAUGGGUCAAGCCAAGGACGUGCAAUCCUCAAGAGUUGUUCAGUAUGUGAGAAGGAAGGUGAACACAUGACUUAUGAGUGCCCGAGCCGCGAGAAGAAAUAUUAUCCUUCUGAUGGAUAG